AAGAUGGAGAGAUGUCAAAAGAUGACGCUUUUCUGUAAUGCGUUUUUCAUUUUCUCGGUAUUUCAUCAGCGCUGUACAUAGACGGCAGCAUAAAAUCUUAGAAGACGUCGAAAAGGUCACGUUGCGUAAAAAAUUCCUUAAAUUUUCUUUAGAUUCGUUACCUUACACGAAAAAAUUGUUUUUAUCCAAAUGUUAUUGAUCCCAAUUACGCGAAAGUGCACCAGCUGCAAUCAAUAGUUUCCCUCUUCCAGAAGAGGGAAAUAAACACGAUAAGCAUCUGGAACGGAUAAGCAAACAAUGGAACACAGUUAUUCGCGAGACGUUCGUCCAAUGGAAAGCAGCCAGACGGCCUCGACAAGGACACUGAUGGUGCACAGGCCACCGCAGUGUCCAUCUUGCCACACUCACUCGCACGAUGAACGCAUUGAUCUUGAGGAAUCGUAUAACCCGCCGAUUCCAUCAUACAAUGAGGAAAACGCCAAGGUUGCGAUGCUGGAAAGCGAAAAUAUAACCAAACUGGUUCGCAAUCUCAAUUCGGAGGAUGUUGAUUGGGAGGAUAAAAUUAACAAACUCGGGUGGUCAGUUCAACAGAUUCGUUUGUUCAGCAAAGUUACCAAAUUACUGGAUAUGGACCGACUAGCAAGAUUGACCAUAGCAGACAAACAGCACGAGCCGGUGCACCGGCGCAUGGUUAUCGAUAAAUCUGUCGGUCGUCUACGUCAAGCUUUGGCAGGUGUUUCUUGGGAUCCCCGUCUUACACAGUGGCUUCAUGGAUUGCUAAUGGAAAGCCUUCCUCCAAGCUACCUAUCCGCUUAUGUCGAUAUUCUUCAAACGCUGAAAUCUAAGUUGCCCAAUUUGGUCGAUAAGAUGGUGUUUGGAAGGCCUUUGAAUAUUAACCAGGAGUUAUUGGGACCAGUUCUUAAAAAGCCAUGGGAACCAAUUGUGGCUCACAAGAACAGGAAGCUUCCAGGACAACCGUUUAUUGUGGUUGUUCCCUCGGGACCAAAUAUGACGUCACCGAGCACACGGUUGCAAAAGUGGUAUUCCUUGUUUUCCACUAUGGCAUCCGUUAUACCUAUAACGAUGCCACCACAGGGAGCGGCUCUUGCAAAACAUACGGUCCAGAACGUUUCUGAACAAAUGGUUGCGGUAACACGAACCAAGAUACAGGAUGUCCGCCAGGAAGCUCCAAACCGGCCCAUCAUUUUGGUGGGCUUUAACGCUGGAGCCGCAUUGGCUAUCCAAAUCGGCUUAGUGGAGACGGUCAGCUGCAUUGUUUGCUUGGGUUUCGCUUACAACACUGUUAACGGUCCCAGAGGCGCUCCUGAUGAUCACAUCACGGACAUUACGGCACCCGUGCUGUUCGUGAUUGGACAGGUAUCUGCUAGGACCAGUCAAGAGGAAAUCGAAUUUCUACGUGAAAAGAUGAUUGCACAGACAUCUCUGGUAGUAGUUGGAUCAGCCGACGAUUGCUUGCGCGUAUGUAAGUCGAAGCGCAAAAUCGAAGGAGUGACGCAAUCAAUGGUGGACAAUAUGGUAAUGGACGAGGUAGCUGAGUUUGCAACAAACAGCUUGUUGGAUCCCCCUCGCCCGAAGCAAACCAUUAAAGACCCUAAUGGGCAAAAAACCAACGUGCUUUUGUCAAACAAUAGCACGAAUUUGGCAGCUACCGGAGGGCCUGCUGUUGCUCCUCCACCGCAGCCACUUUCCCAUGAUGUAGCCAACAGCGGAACGCCAGCGUUCACUCGUAAGCGAAGAAUGAGCCAAUCAACGGAGCAAGCAGAUCCGUCGAAAACUGCACGAGUCAGUAGGCAACAAACGAGAAAACCUACUAAGCCAACAAAACCGACACGUGCGGAAAAGUUAUUGCUACAACAAAACCAGCAAGCCAUUGACGCGGCUGUUCAAAGUAUUCUUCCCGACACGGAUAAGACAAAGGAAUUGAAUGCGAAGAGGACUCCACCGCCGCUAACCAGUUAUCAAAUUUCAACGAACAGUGGUAAUAAUUUGGAGAUUCGCAGCACUACAACGCCGCAAAUGGUAUCUGGCAUAGCUAGUUCUCCGAUUGUACUACCAAUGAUUAAACGAGAAGGUUCGACCCAGCAAACGCCUCCGUCGCCUGCAACAUCCACCAACAUCAAAGUAAUUCCAGCGAACCAAUUCAUUCAACUCAAACCGUCUGGAUCUACACAAAAGUUUUUCACGCUGAAAUCUUCACCAAAACCAGUCGUGUCUGUCAUCCCCAAGCCACCAGGAGCAACUCAAAGUCCGUUGGCGACGACGCCAACAACACAAAUAUCGCCACAACAACAGUCUUUCAGUCCAACCAAAUUUACUAUAGUGCGCAGCACUGCAGGCGUUUCCGGGACACCUACAUCCACCACGAAUUCCUUCUUCAAGACCACGAAGUCUCCUCCCACUCCAGAUCUAUCCAACACGAAUAUCUUUGAUAUACCUAUUGUAUUUGCUGACAAUGAAGGAAACAUUCAGGAUGGUUCUCCACAAAAGUCUGUGGAGAUGUCUAGAGCUCCGCCAAACAUCGUAACUAUAUCACCUGCAAUAACCAGUAACCCUGUGUUCAAAACUGAACCUCUUAAUCGAGUAAUCACACUCCAGCCGUCAAUGAAACCGAACAAAGUUGUUGUCAUCAACAAGAACAACAUAAAGCAAGUACCAGCUAACAUUCUUUCGACGGUCACCGCUGCUAAACCAGCGAACUCAACACCAACCGGAGUCAAAUAUGCCAAAGUGGUUCUUUCGAACCCUCUGACCAAAAGAGUAUCUCCAGCAAUUUCCACAGCCGUUCCGAAGAAUAUCUCUCAGAUUAUAUCCGGUGGAAAGGUGGAAAUUUUGAAUAGUACCGUCGUUAAAUCAGGCGGUGUCCCUUCAACUUCAGGACUUCAACAUCAGCAAAAGUUCCAACCUAUAAUUAUCAACGUAGACCCCAACAAAACAACCACAAUGAAAAACUUUGUUCGCGUAGGAGAAACGCAAAUUCGUCCCAUCGGCACAAGUGCUCCUGUUUCGACGAUACCGGCGUCGCCGACAACGGUGACGAUUCGAGGUACAACCAGCACUGGUUCGCAUCUAGCCCCGGGGGCCCCGGGUACGAACACCAUUCUCAUUAAGACCAACUCGCUGUCCCAGUUGACCAGCAGGAAACCGGCGAUUCUAAAUCGUAACAUAACCGUACGGAAAGUUAAUAUUGUACCGCAGCAACAUCUAAGCUCGGUAGCGCCCGGGGUACUGACUUCAACCACGACGAUCGGCAAUUUGCAGCUGCAGCAAUACCAGAAACCUAAAGCGCCAUAGAUUAUCGAAUCGUUUGUUUUAAACUCAUAUUUAGUUCUUACAAUAAAUACCUAUGAACGGUAGCCGGUAAGUACA